CUUCCCCUUCACCUUCCCUUGAGCACUCGCGACCGUCGCUCGCGAGUCCACUGCCAACGGUAUGGAUAAUACAGGUUGAUCUGACAAAUAUCUCAUAAGGAUGCUUCAUCGCGACACCCGCGAACAUUAAAACGAGACGCCGUGGACUCGGGAUGUACGUUGCGAAAUCAACGCCUCACCGAUCACCAUUGCCUCGUUCUCUGAGACUCUCCCGUUAGCAGUGUCGGUAACCGUCAGCCUGCACCUAGAAGAAGACAGUAUACAUACCAUAAUCUUGUUGAUAUGGCCGUCGUCGAGGAGUUUGAUUACUUGUGCCGCUUGUGCGCGGCCAAAACUGGCAUCUUGAUGGGCCUGCCGAUUUUCGAAGCUGGCGAUCAAAUGCGCAACAUCGACAAGAAGAUAGCAGCCUGCCUACCGGUUCAGGUAUCACUGACAGAUCAACUACCCAAAGUGGUCUGCGAAGAGUGUGCGUUUAAAUUAGAUCAGCUGUUCGAUUUUCGUGAAAAAUGCUUGCAUACAGAAGGAAUGUUUAUGGAAAUGUUAAAGGAAAUUGGAAAAGACGAGGUUGUGCAUAUAUCAGGACAUGACUUGGCUAGUAUAGAUGAUAUGAGUACAAUUCAGAGAGAUCUGAAUAACAUACAGAAUAAUAUUGAAAAUGUACAAAGUCAUUCAGCUGUAGCUCACGAAACUGCAGAAUCUACUAUACAUACAAUGCAAGUGAUGGAUGAAAUGGAUCUGGCUGGUGGUGAGCAAGUGGUUUCUCAAGAAGAGAUUAGUCAGCAGGAUGCUGAGAUUCAAGUUGCAGGCAUUGAUUGUCUGGAUGGUGAUACCGUAAGGAUGGUUGAUGAACAUAUUCGAGAGGUUUCAAAUCAUCAAAUAGCAAUGCAUUUGGAAGGUGACAUGACUGUAGUAGGAAACUUGACAGUAAGUGGCCACUUGAGUCAAUUAGGGAUAAAUUAUGUUACCUCUAUCAGCCCUGAAGAUCAGAGCCAGGAACAGAUAGUGCAUUACUGUGAAAAUGUAAAAUACGAGACAGUGCCAAUAAAAGAAGAAUACCAUAGAUUGCAAGAGAGAUUAGCUACAGAAGAGCCACAUGUACUUGAAAACAAUGUACCGGUAGGCAAUUUCGCCUCGUCUCAAGAGGCGAAGGACGUCAUGGAAGAAUCCUGUGUGAAACAAGAACGCAAGCAUGUGCGUUCUGUGAAUAAUCUACCAUCUACGAGUCAGAUAAACGGAUCAGACUUACCCUGUGAAAUAAUGGUGAAGUACACCAAGAGAACGAAAGACGCAUUAUUAAAGUCCACACUCGACAAUCCCACCGUGGACGAGACCGGCUCGCACUGGUACGUGUGUCCGUUUUGCAACGAAGCGGCUCUAGAAACGACUAAUCUGGCCGCACACUUCGAGCAACACUUUUGCUGCUGCGCUUGCGGCUUAUACUUCACUAGUGUUGAGGUGUUGAACUUACACAAAGAGCAAUGCGAUGUAUAUAAGGACAAAGUAGUCGAUAAGGAGAAGAGCAAUGUACAAUUAGACGUAGCAGCACCAGUUGCAGGAGAAAGCAAUGACAAUCAAGCUGAACAGCAGAAAAAGCAGUCAACGGUGAGGCAGAAAUGGACACCAAAAGUGUGCUUGCAAUGCGGUAAACAAUACCGGACGAAUUAUAAACUACAGGAGCACAUGCGCAAGCACACUGGUGAGAAACCGUUCCAGUGUAUGACCUGCGAGAAGGCGUUCCGCAGCAAAAUCGGUCUCGCGCAGCACGCGGCCACGCACACGGGCCAAUUCGACUACAAUUGUUCCACCUGCGGCAAAGGUUUUCAGUGCAAGAGUUAUCUCAUCGUGCACCAAAGAGUACACUCGGACCUGAAACCGUACCCCUGCAACACAUGCGGCCAGAACUUUAAGACGAAGCAGUCACUGUUGGACCACCAGAAUCGUCAUCUCGGUGUGAAACCGUACAUGUGCGAGAUCUGCGGCCGCGGCUUCAUCACGAAGGGCCUCUGCAAAAGCCAUCAAAAGAUACACUCCGGCACGGAUAAUCGUCAGUACCCGUGCACGGUGUGCAAUAAAAUGUUCGUCAGCAAGAGUUACCUCAACACGCAUCUGCGCAUACAUACAGGCGAAAAGCCCUACCUCUGUGAGGUGUGCGGCAAAGGUUUCCUGACGCGAGUCGACCUCAAGAUACAUUCGACCAUGCACACUGGCGAGAAGAGCUUCAAGUGCGAGAUGUGCGGCAAGGUGUUCGCCCGUCGCGCGGCUCUACGCUGCCAUCGUAGAUCGCACACCGGUGAGCGACCCUACAGAUGCGAAAUUUGCGGCAAAACGUUCACGCAAUUCAGCCCGAUGGCGAUACACAAGCGGCUGCACACCGGCGAACGGCCGUACGAAUGCGACGCGUGCGGCAAGUCGUUCGUGUCCAGGUCGACCAUGAUGUGCCACCGGAAAAAGCAUCACGUUACAACUGUCGUGCAGAAGGACAUAAUCGCGCCGAAAGAGGAGAUGACCGAGGUGAAGAUCAUCCUUUCGUCUGACAUCGUAACCAGGGAUGAUGGAGUACAGAUCACCGCAGAUUGAAAUUGUGAGCGUCGUGGACGACGUGUAGAAUUUGUCGCACGAUUCGUACGGGGAAACCGAAUCGGGAGUUUGGGUGCUAAGGAAAUUUCAUCUGCAUUCGUUAGAUAACGAACUGCUUUUUCGUCACCAUAGUGUAUUCUACAGUAUGUACAUUCAGAAACUUUAUAUAAAGAUAUUUUUACAAGAGAUAGAGUUCUUGUAGUAUAUGAGAAUAUACUAUUGAAAGUUAUGCCAGAGAUCGCACAUAUUACAUACUUAUAACCGGAUUAUUAAGAUGUGACAUGAAUAUUAUGUUUUAUACAAAUAACAAAAGAAUCGUAACUUUCUGGCAAAAUCGUCUGAACGAAUGUUAUGCAAUUCUUUUUUUCCUUUUUUUUUCGAAACUUUAUAUCGUAUAAUAUAUUUCAGCAAUGUAUGUCUGUGAGUACGUAUCUUUUGUAUCCAUUUUGCUGCAUUGGCUUAAAUUUUUAAUAAUUUUCUCAUAAGUCGAAAUUUGUUAUUUAUAACUUUUAAUAGAUUUCAAUAAGGUUAUUAUUUUCAGUGGUGGUACAUAUUUCAGCUUGUACUCCAAAACAGGCUUUUAAAAUAUAUCCUAGAUCUUGGAAGGUUUCAAUGACUUCUAUUUUAAUAUCAAUUUCUCUUGCAAAUCACAAAAGGAUUUAAAUGAAACAAAAUCUUUUUUAAAUAAUAGAAAAGUACGUUUUAUAGAAUACAAAUUCAGCGGUACUCAUUAUCGAACAAGCAGCUUUAGAUAUUUGAGAUGACAUUAAUAAUAUAAACAUAAUGUAAAAUAUGGUUUACAUAGUAACACUUGAUUUUAUGAUUUCGUAUCAUGAAAAAUAGGUUCUGAGUUAAGGCGUAAGGAAAAAUGUAUCUGCGAAUAAUUAUCGGAUUAUAUUGAUAUAUUGUACAAAAAUUGAUUGAUUAUAAUUUCAAUCCCAAGUCUAUACGCGUGUGUGCGUUUAUAAAAUUUGUUAAAUCGUUAUAUACGCUAUUCUUUAUAUACAUCAAAAUCUUCACUUUUUUUCAUGAAAGAAGAAUAUUAACAUCGUUGUAAGGAAAGUAAGAUAUUUUCUUAAAUGUAGUAACGAAAUACUAUUUAAAUGAAUUGAAGGCUGAUGCGCUCUUACGACGAAACACACAAUUAAUGGUGAUGCUCUUGCAACCAUGAAUAUUUUUGCGGAAUGAGAAUCCAAGAAAGUACGUUGUAUAAUCAUCUUUAAUAUACAUUUCUAUGUAGCUACGUCCCCGCAAUCAAUUGUCUCGAACGAAAUCAGCUUUUCGCACACAAAGUAGAAAUUGUGAUAUAUAAUAAAAUAAUUGAAUAUAUUAUUUGUAAAAUUGCGAUGAUUUGUAAUGUUAUUAUUAACAGAAACCUUCUUUGAGAAGAAUAUAAAGAGCUUUAUACACCGA